AUGGCCGCUCCCUGGUUCGUGCUGCGAAGCAGCCGCCAGCUCGCCGUUCGCACUCGAUCCAGAGUUGCUUUUCCAUCUGCUCCUCUUCGAGCUGCCUCGUUGUCUCCUCUGAAUACCUGCCGGCGAUGUUUGCACGCAGCAUCCAAGGAGCAACUUCGGCUCUCUUCCGUCCGGGGGGUGCACACCAGCUCCAUUGCGGACCGUGAUGCCUUCCAGCCGCUCGAUACCUUUCCCAGGAGGCACAUUGGCCCAUCUCCCAAUGAUACCGAAAAGAUGCUGGCCACCCUCAAUCCUCCCGCUGCGUCACUAGACGAAUUCGUUCGUCAGGUGCUACCCGCGGACAUCCUCUCGGAGAAGGAGUUGUCGGUAACUCCACCCAGCGUCAAGCUGAAUGUAUAUCGAGAUGACAAACUCGGGGGCCUGGGCGAGGCGGACAUGCUGAAGGUGUUGGAAGCAUAUCGGAAACAAAUUGACGUCUCUGGCAAGACGUUCAUCGGCUCAGGCUAUUACCCGACUAUUGUCCCACCGGUAAUCCUGCGUAAUGUCCUGGAGAACCCGGCUUGGUACACAAGCUACACGCCCUACCAGCCAGAGAUCAGUCAAGGCCGUUUGGAGUCGCUUCUGAACUUCCAGACCCUGACGGCGGACCUGACUGCUUUGCCGUUUGCAAAUGCCUCUGUCUUGGAUGAGGCUACUGCCGCCGCCGAAGCGAUGACUAUGUCUCUGGCCGUCCUCCCGGCUGCGAAGCAAAAGAAGCCUGGAAAGACGUAUGUUGUUUCGGACCUCUGCCAUCCUCAGACAAUCUCCGUGAUGCGCUCUCGUGCCGAAGGAUUCGGUAUUAAUCUGGUGAUCGGCGAUGUCUUGGCGGAUGACUUCCAGUUGGUCAAGGAACAGGGCGACAAUCUGGUCGGUGUCCUCGCCCAGUACCCUGACACGGAGGGUGGUAUCUAUGACUUCCAGUCCCUAAGCGAUACUAUUCAUGCAUUGGGUGGAACAUUCAGCGUCGCAACCGACCUUCUUGCAUUAACCGUUCUCAAGGCUCCCGGCGAGUUCGGUGCGGACAUCGCCUUUGGAAGUGCCCAGCGACUCGGCGUGCCAAUGGGCUUUGGAGGGCCUCACGCUGCCUUCUUUGCCUGUGCAGACAAGUACAAACGCAAGAUGCCGGGCCGUGUCGUUGGCGUAUCCAAGGACCGGCUAGGAAACCGUGCCCUGAGACUGGCUCUGCAGACCAGAGAACAACAUAUCCGUCGUGAGAAGGCGACCAGCAAUAUCUGCACGGCUCAGGCCCUGCUCGCCAACAUGAAUGCCAUGUAUGCGGUCUACCACGGUCCCGAAGGCUUGAAGAACAUCGCCCAGCGCAUUAUGGCCAUGACUACCGUUCUGCGUGAGAAGCUUGUGGGCCUGGGCUUCAAUGUCCCUGUCAAGAAGAAUACUGCCGAUGGUGGUGCAGUGUUCGAUACCGUCACAGUGGAGUUGACAAGCAGUCAGGACGUUGAUGCCAUCAUCGGUGCGGCACGGAGCCAGGGAUUUUACUUCCGCCGCCUGGCCCCCUCCAAGAUCGGGAUUUCCUUGGACGAAACCGUCGGUCGGGAAGAGGUGCGGUCAAUUCUGCAGGUUUUUGCGAAGCAUGCAAAUGCUGCCGAGGCCGUGAGCUUGGAUGGAGAACUCGGCCUUGCUGAGGUUCCGGCCAGCUUCAAGCGUACAUCCCCAUACUUGACUCAUCCGGUGUUCAACAGUUACCACUCGGAGACGGAAAUGCUGCGCUACAUCCACCAUCUCGAGUCGAAGGACUUGUCCUUGGCACACUCGAUGAUCCCUCUUGGCUCCUGCACCAUGAAACUCAAUGCUACGACUGAGAUGAUGCCAAUCUCGUGGCCCGAGUUCUCCCAGGUGCACCCGUUUGCACCUGCGGAUGUUGCGAAGGGAUACACCCAGCUGAUUGACGAUCUGGAACAACAGCUCGCGGACAUCACCGGCAUGGCAGAGGUUACGGUUCAACCGAACUCAGGUGCUCAAGGUGAAUUCGCCGGUCUCCGCGUAAUCAAGAAGUACCACGAGGCUCAUAACGGCUCGACGCGCAAUGUCUGCUUGAUCCCAGUCUCUGCCCACGGAACCAAUCCUGCUAGUGCCGCCAUGGCAGGCAUGCGCGUCAUUCCAGUUAAGUGUGAUACCAAGAAUGGCAACUUAGACCUUGCGGAUCUCAAAGCCAAGUGUGAGAAGCACAAAGAUGAACUGGCUGCCAUCAUGGUCACCUACCCCAGCACUUUUGGCGUGUACGAGCCUGGAAUCAAGGAGGUCUGCAAGACCGUUCACGAGCAUGGUGGUCUGGUAUACAUGGACGGUGCGAACAUGAAUGCUCAAAUCGGCUUGUGCUCUCCUGGCGAGAUUGGAGCGGACGUGUGUCACUUGAAUCUGCACAAGACCUUCUGUAUCCCUCACGGCGGUGGUGGCCCUGGCGUUGGACCCAUUGGAGUUGUGGAGCGCCUGCGUCCCUUCCUCCCUUCUCAUCCUGUCAGCGAAUAUCUCCAGUCCAAGCGGGCAAGCACUUCUUGCCCACCGGUGAGCGCUGCGCCCUGGGGAAGCGCAAGCAUCCUGCCGAUUACGUUCAACUACAUCAACAUGAUGGGCGCCAAGGGCUUGACCCAGGCAACCAAGAUGACCAUGCUGAAUGCCAACUACAUCUUGUCUCGUCUGAAGGAGCACUACCCGAUUCUCUACACCAACGAGAACGGCCGCUGUGCACACGAAUUCAUCCUCGAUGUGCGCAAGUUCAAGGCCACCUCUGGCGUUGAAGCGAUCGAUAUCGCGAAACGUCUUCAGGAUUACGGAUUCCAUGCACCGACUAUGUCCUGGCCGGUCAGCAACACUUUGAUGAUCGAGCCCACCGAGUCUGAAAGCAAGGCCGAGCUCGACCGCUUCUGCGACGCUCUCAUUUCCAUCCGCCAGGAAAUCGCUGCCAUCGAGAGGGGCGAGCAGCCUCGUGAGGGUAACGUUCUCAAGAUGUCACCGCAUACGCAGCGGGACCUGAUAAGCAGCGAGUGGAACCGCCCGUACUCGCGGGAGACUGCCGCAUACCCGCUACCUUGGCUGCUGGAGAAGAAGUUCUGGCCUACGGUGACACGAUUGGAUGACGCGUACGGUGAUCAGAACCUAUUCUGCACGUGCGGAACGGUCGAGGAGAGCGCUGAGUGA